ACACUUAUGUUACCUAGCUCGAUGUGUAACAUCAUUACAAAACAAUUAGUCGUUAAUCAAGUUCCGAGUGAUAAACAUGCACUUCAGUGAUGUAUAUAACUCUGAUGUCAGAGUGAAGAAGGAACCAGAUGAUGUUUCCCCAAUUAAAAAUGAAGAUUAUAAGAUAAUUGACAAUGCAUGCGAUGCUAAAAACGACGAAUUCUCGAGUUAUUGUCGGGAAAAUUUAAUUUAUGGGCUUCGUGAAAAUGAUGAAAAUUCUGGACCUAAUAACGAUUUGGAAAUAGAAUUCGAAUGUAAGGACGAGAAGCUCGGCAUUAAUUUAUUAGUAGUCAAGAAAAUCGAGGACGAUUAUCCAGAUCAAUGGCAGCAUAUGAAAAAUAGUUGCGAUUAUCAGACUCCAAGGAAAAUUAAAGAAGAAAUUGUCGACAAAGUAAAAGAGGAAUUGAAUUUGGAUGGUGAACUCAGUGAUGCAUUUGAUGCAAAUGAAAAAACAUUUGCUCAAAAUAGUCAACGCAAAACCCAAACUGAUAAGGCACGCAAUCGUACCAAAUAUCCAUGUAAUAUAUGCGGUAAAAAAUUUGCACGAAAAGAUUAUGUCAAGGUCCACAUCGAUUCAGUACAUAAUGGUGUUAAACAUGAGUGUGGUAUAUGUGGAAAGACAUUCACACAAAAAGGAAAGCUCAAAAUUCACACCGAUGAAAUGCAUAAAGGUAUGGCACCUACUUGCGAAGUAUGCGGGAAGAAAUUCUUAACUGGAGCUGCACUCAAGAUUCACAUCGAUGCACACAAUGGUGUUAAACAUCCAUGUAAUAUAUGCGGUCAAAAAUUUUCACAAAAAUGUAUUCUCAAGAUCCACAUCGAUGGACAUAAUGGUGUUAAACAUACGUGUGUUACAUGUGGAAAAACAUUCACACAAAAAUUUUCUCUCAAGAUUCACAUCGAUGCGAUGCAUAAAGGUGUGGCACAUACUUGCGAAGUGUGCGGAAAGACAUUCAAACUAAAGGGUAAUCUUAAAAAACACAUGAAUUUGAUGCAUAAUAAGACCACUUAUUGUAAUAAGUGCGGCAAGACAUUUUCUCAAAAAGAUCUUCUUAUAACUCACAUUAAAAUGCAGCACGAAGACAUUGAUCACGCUUGUGUUUUAUGCGGAAAAAAAUUUAAACAUAGAAAAUAUUUAUGCAGACACGUCAAAAGUGUGCAUGAAGACAAUACCUAAGCACGAGAUCAAUACAAGAGAUCUUAAAACGUACCUAUUAAUACCGCACAAAAUGAUGAAACAUCGAGACAAAUAAAUUAAUUAACAUAUCAUAAAUUAACAUAUAUUUAUUUAUUAGCAUAUAAUAAAUAAACAUAUCAUAAA